AUGGUUUUAGCUCAGUUAGGGGGGAGCAUAUCCCGUGCUCUCCAACAGAUGAGCAAUGCCACCAUAAUCGAUGAGAAGGUUCUCAAUGAGUGUCUUAACGAGAUCACCCGUGCUCUUCUUCAAUCUGAUGUUCAAUUUAAACUCGUGCGAGAUAUGCAGACUAACAUCAAGAAGAUUGUCAACCUCGACGAUCUCGCUGCUGGCCACAACAAACGCAGGAUCAUUCAACAAGCUGUUUUUAACGAACUCUGCAAAAUGCUGGAUCCUGGGAAACCCACUUUCACUCCCAAAAAAGGAAAAACAAGUGUCGUCAUGUUUGUUGGCUUACAAGGAUCGGGAAAAACCACAACUUGUACGAAAUAUGCAUAUUAUCAUCAGAAAAAAGGAUGGAAGCCUGCUCUAGUAUGUGCUGAUACAUUCAGGGCAGGUGCUUUUGAUCAACUGAAACAAAAUGCCACUAAAGCUAAGAUCCCUUUCUAUGGAAGUUACAUGGAGUCAGAUCCUGUAAAAAUUGCUGUUGAAGGUGUGGAGAGAUUCAAGAAAGAAAACUGUGAUCUCAUAAUUGUUGAUACCAGUGGACGGCACAAACAAGAAGCUGCCCUUUUUGAAGAAAUGCGCCAAGUUUCGGAAGCAACGAAACCAGAUCUUGUUUUAUUUGUUAUGGAUAGCAGUAUUGGUCAGGCUGCAUUUGAUCAGGCUCAAGCAUUCAAACAAAGUGUUGAAGUUGGAGCUGUAAUUGUUACUAAAAUGGAUGGCCAUGCAAAGGGUGGUGGCGCUCUUAGUGCUGUUGCCGCAACAAAGAGUCCAGUCAUAUUCAUUGGAACUGGAGAACAUAUGGAUGAAUUUGAAGUUUUUGAUGUUAAACCUUUUGUCAGUCGUCUGUUAGGCAUGGGUGACUGGUCUGGAUUUAUGGACAAGAUUCAUGAAGUUGUUCCUAUGGACCAACAGCCUGAACUGCUUCAGAAGCUGUCAGAAGGGAACUUUACCUUGAGGAUUAUGUAUGAGCAGUUUCAGAACAUACUUAAAAUGGGUCCGAUCAGCCAGGUUUUCUCCAUGCUUCCAGGAUUUAGUGCUGAAUUGAUGCCAAAAGGACGGGAGAAGGAAAGCCAAGCCAAAAUUAAGCGGUACAUGACAAUGAUGGAUUCAAUGACAGACGAAGAGUUGGAUAGUUCGAACCCAAAGCUGAUGAACGAGUCACGUAUGAUGCGAAUAGCUCGAGGAUCUGGUCGCCAUGUUAGAGAAGUAAUGGAGAUGAUGGAGGAGUACAAACGUCUUGCAAAGAUUUGGAGUAAAAUGAAAGGGCUUAAAAUACCCAAGAAGGGAGAUAUGAGUGCUCUAUCCCGAAAUAUGAAUGCCCAGCACAUGAGCAAAGUCCUUCCUCCACAGAUGCUAAAACAAAUAGGGGGCAUGGGUGGGUUACAGAAUUUGAUGAAGCAGAUGGGUUCUUCUAAAGACAUGAUGGGUAUGUUUGGUGGUAUGGAUAAGUAGAUUUAAGGUGAUUAUGAGGCAUGACUCUGGCUGCAGCUAUACAUUACGAUGCCUAAGGGCAAGGCACAUCAUUGGGCUAGUUGAUGCAGCUACAUUUUGACCAAAACAAGCGCAGUUACGUUGGCCUUGAACUUAUUGGAUAUAUUGUCUAUCAUUCUGCAGAGAGGUAUCUUGAAUGGACAGAGGAGUUUCUUGCAACUUUACCUCGGCAGCUCUUCCCCCUGUAAAAUUAAAAUUGUUUUUCCUUUUUUGUAUACUUGAGAUGUGAUCCAAAUAUCCUGGUCAAAGCAAAUAUUGUUGUAGCCAUAAUUUUCCUGAGACAAUUGAACGGGAAGAAGAAAAAUGCUAAAUUGCUUCUUUCAAUGGUGAGAUUGCUGGGCAACUAGUCGAAUAGACAUUAAAUUUGGGUGGAA